AUGAGCUACGAUCUGGUCAUCUUCAAUGGGUAUCUUGCCUCAGCCUCCGGUGUUCUCCCACCGCCGUUCUGGAUUGGGGUGAAAGGCGGCAAGGUAGCCACCAUUUCCACCGAGGUCUUACAGGGCAAACAGGUUAUCGAUGCAGAUGGCGGUAUGAUCACUCCGGGAGGCAUUGACUCGCAUACACAUAUUGACCAAGAUGGCAGCAAUGCUGGAGAUACGUUCGAGUCUGCUACCAAGUCUGCGAUCGCUGGUGGCACCACCACUGUACUCUGUUUUGCGGUGCAGCCAUCUUCCGGGGUUGGAGCACUGGAGGCAGUCGAGAGCUACCAGAAGAGGGCACGUGGAAGCUGUUGGUGCGACUACGGGUUCCAUCUUAUUGUCACCAAGGCGACAGACCUGUUCCUCAACUGCGAACUGCCGCAAUUGGUGGCAGAAAAGGGCAUCACGUCCGUAAAGGUCUACAUGACAUAUCCGGCAUUGAAGGUGGACGACGGGCAGCUCAUGAAGGUGCUUAUCAAGAACAGGCUUUUGGGCGUUACAACCAUGGUUCAUGCAGAAAACUCCGACAUUAUUGACUAUAUUAUUGAGCGUCUUGAGGAUAAGGACUGGGUGGAUCCCUUUUUCCAUGCGGUUUCUCGGCCAAUGGAGGCAGAGGACGAGGCUACAUACCGCGCCAUCACUAUUGCAGGCCUCGUCGAUUCUGCAAUACUUCUUGUGCACAUGUCUGCUCCCAAUGCCUUGGACCAUGUGAGGAGGGCUCGGGCCAGAAACAUCCCCAUCUAUGCAGAAACCUGUCCGCAGUAUCUUUUUCUCACCAGUGAGAACCUCAAGGGCCACUUCUGCUUCUGCCACGAGCACAAGACAGAGUCUUUUGCGGUCGCCCAGGACAAGUUUGAGCCAUCCAAGUAUAUUUGUUCUCCCCCACUACGCGAGAGUGCGUCCGAUCUUCAGGCUGUCUGGAAAUACAUCAGCAACGGAACUGUCACCACGUUUUCUUCCGACCACGCUCCUUCAAUUUACGACCACCCAGAAGGCAAGAAAAAGGGCCUAGUCAACGGCAAAGGCAACUUCAAGAACGUUCCGAACGGGCUCCCAGGAAUAGAGACGCGGAUCCCCCUGCUCUAUGCUCUGGGGGUGGAAACCGGGCGUAUUUCGGUAGAGAAGUUCGUCGAAAUCACGGCUACCAACCCUGCAAAGCUGUACGGGCUGUCAAACUUGAAGGGAGCCAUUGUCCCUGGUGCAGAUGCGGAUAUCGUUAUAUGGUAUCCAAAGGACAAGAUGCGUCCGUUCAGACUCACCAACUCGAUGUUGCACCAUGCUAUUGACUACACGCCUUUUGAGGGCCUAAUGUUCACCAACUGGCCCCGAUACACCAUCCUCCGCGGCCAAGUUGUGUGGGACCGCGACAGAUCGGGGCUCGACGUCUCUGCUGCACCGGGAGAGUAUCUUAAGCGCCAAACUAGCAGCUUGCCGGCUUUUGUCUCCAACAAGAUCAAAGAUUAUCUAGAAUAA